AUGAAAAACAGCAUGGGGCUGAUGCGGCUGCAUUUGGUGAUCACCCACGGAAGGCACCCUGUGUGUCACUUCAUGUCAGAUCUGAAGACAGCAGAGGAUGAAUGUAGUGGACGACUUAAGGAACAGCCCUACCUGUACUCCAAAGGAUGCAGGGGGACAUGGGAUAACAUAUCAUGCUGGGACCAUGCGGAGGUUGGAGUGAUGGUCACCAAUCCUUGUCCGCUUGUACUCCGAAACCUGUUUGGCAGAGAUGGAAACAUCAGCAAAAACUGUACGGAGGAUGGAUGGUCUGAAGUGUUUCCCAGCAUAAACAGUGCUUGUGGAUCUGAGACAAAGAAGGAUAAGCGGUUGGUGUUUUAUACAGUGGUGAAGACACUAUACACGCUGGGACACAGUUUGUCCUUGAUAGCUCUCAUCACAGGAAGUACCAUUCUCUGCCUUUUCAGAAAGCUUCAUUGUACCCGGAAUUACAUCCACUUGAAUCUCUUCUUGUCGUUUAUCUUGAGAGCUGUUGCCAUAUUGGUGAAGGACACGGUGAUUUUUUCACAUGAUACCGACUGCACAGAGCAGCCAUCUCUGAUUGGAUGCAAGGCCAGCCUGGUUUUCUUUAACUACUUCAUCAUGGCCAAUUUCUUCUGGCUGCUGGUGGAGGGGCUGUACCUGCACACCUUGCUCAUGGUGAUAUUCUCUGAAAAUAGACACUUCAUCAUUUAUCUCCUGAUCGGUUGGGGAAUUCCUACAGUGUUUGUGAUAGCGUGGACUAUCACUCGGAUAUAUCUAGAAGAUACAGCAUGUUGGGAAAGAAAUGACAAUCCCAUUCCAUACGGAGUGGUCAAUGGGCCCAUAGCGUUCUCAAUUAUAGUGAACUUUAUCCUGUUUCUCAAUAUAAUACGGAUCCUGGUUCAGAAGCUCAGGUGUCCAGAUGUGGGAGGAAAUGACCAGUCUCAGUACAGGAGACUGGCCAAAUCCACUCUACUGCUGAUCCCUUUGUUUGGAGUCAAUUAUGUCAUCUUUGUGUAUCUGGCAGAAAAUGAAUCCAUGGAAAAUUACAAAAUAUUUUUUGAUCUGGUUAUCGGGUCAUUUCAGGGCUUAGUUGUGGCCAUUCUCUACUGCUUUUUAAAUAGUGAGGUGCAGAGCGAGCUGAAGAGGAUGUGGAGGAGCGUCUGCCUGACCUAUCUGAGCCGCGAGUAUCGGCUCCAUAGCUCCUCCCUCUCUCAGAACAGCUCAGAGUCUCAGUUCCACCGGAAAUCAAGGGCCCAGUCCUUCCUGCAGACUGAAACCACCGUCCUGUGA